GGGGCGGUGCGCGAGGGAAAUGGCGGCGCCCCUGAGAGUCUGUCAUGUUGCCUGUUGCGCGAAUCGGGCUGGCGGCGGGGCCGUGUCGUGGGGGCGGGGCGGGCUCCUGGCCUUCGGCACCUGCCGCUCCGUGGCGCUCUACGAGCCCGAGAAAAGAAGAGUAGUUGCUAUGCUGAAUGGUCACACUGGUAGGGUUAAUUGUGUGCAGUGGAUUCACAAGCAAGAUGGCUCUGCUGAGACGGAAUUAAUUUCUGGAGGAUCUGAUAAACAGCUCAUUGUAUGGGAAACACAGAAUAAGCAGCUUGUGAAAUGCAUUCAUCUUGAAGGCCACACAGAAGCUGUUUGUGCUGUGGAUGCUAUGUACCAGACAGAUGAGUCAAAAACAGAAUUAAAUCUACUAAUAGCUUCUGCCGCUUCUGACUCUACUGUUAGAAUCUGGUCCAAACGAGGUUCAGAAGCUAAUUGCCUUCAGACCCUGGAAUUUGGAAAUGGAUUUGUUAUGGAUAUCUGCUUAUCCUUCUUGCCUGGCAGUGAUGUACCAAUAUUAGCUUGUGGUGGCGAUGACUGCAAAAUUAAUUUGUAUAUUCAACAGAAUGGGCAGUUUCAGAAAACACUAAUACUCCAUGGCCAUGAAGAUUGGAUAAGAGGCAUUGAAUGGGCAGUCUGUGGCGGGGAUCUUUUCUUAGCAAGCUGUGCCCAGGAUUGUCUGAUAAGAAUCUGGAAAGUACAGGCAAAAUCAACACCAUCUGUGGAAGUCAAAGAUGAUGACUCUAUAAGGCUGAAGGAGAACACUUUUACUAUGAAAAAUAAAAUAGAUACUGAGACAACAUAUGCAGUUAUUCUGGAGUCGGUGUUAGCUGGCCAUGAAAAUUGGGUAUCUGCAGUUCACUGGCAGCCUUCUUUUUUAAAAGAUGGCAUAAUACAACAACCAAUGAGACUACUGUCUGCAUCAAUGGACAAAACUAUGAUUCUGUGGGCUCCAGAUGAAGAAUCUGGGGUAUGGUUAGAACAGGUCCGUGUAGGAGAAGUGGGUGGUAACACGCUUGGAUUUUUUGACUGUCAGUUUAGCCCAGAUGGUUCAAUGAUUCUUGCUCAUGCUUUCCAUGGAGCACUGCAUCUUUGGAGACAGACUCCAGCUAACAAGAAAGAAUGGACUCCAGAAGUUGUGAUUUCAGGACAUUUUAACAGUGUACAAGAUAUAAAGUGGAAUCCAGAAGGAGAAUUUAUUAUCACAGUUGGUUCUGAUCAAACUACUAGACUUUUUGCUCCAUGGAAAAGAAAACACCAGGCAGAGGUAACUUGGCAUGAAAUUGCGAGGCCUCAAGUACAUGGAUAUGACAUGCAUUGUCUAGCAAUGACUGGCCGAUUUCAGUUUGUUUCUGGAGCAGAUGAAAAGGUGCUUCGAGUCUUUACUGCCCCCAAGAAUUUUGUGGAAAACUUCAGUAACAUCAGUGGUAUUUCAAUGGAGAAACUGUCUUCCAGUGAAGCUGUUGACCUUCCAGAAGGUGCGACUGUGCCUGCUUUGGGUUUGUCCAAUAAAGCUGUCUUUCAGGGAGAUAUGGCAGCUCAACCAGCUGAUGAGGAAGAAAAGUUUAAUAGUGUUUCGAAUCAGUAUCAUCAGAUUUAUUUUCAAUCCCUCAUCCUUACAGAACCUCCCACAGAAGAUCAUUUGUUGCAGAAUACAUUAUGGCCCGAAGUUCAAAAGCUAUAUGGACAUGGCUAUGAAAUAUUUUCUGUUGCUUGUAACAAUUCAAAAACUAUAGUUGCCUCAGCAUGUAAGGCUUCCAAAAAAGAACACGCAGCAAUUAUUUUGUGGAGCACCACUUCUUGGAAGCAGCUGCAAAGCUUGUCUUUUCACAAUCUGACCGUUACUCAGAUGGCAUUUUCUCCUGAUGACAAAUUCUUAUUAGCAGUUUCCAGAGAUAGGAAUUGGUCACUGUGGAAAAAUCAGGAUAAAAAACCAUUGCAAUCAGAACCUGUUUUCAGCCUCUUUGCAUACACAGACAAAAACACAGCUGUGCAUAGCCGGAUCAUUUGGUCUUGUGAUUGGACCCCAGACAGCAAAUAUUUCAUUACCGGAAGUCGGGACAAAAAGGUCAUUAUCUGGGGUGACUGUGGCUCAGCUGGAGCUACUGAAAACAGUGGGCUAGGUGCAAUCAAGCCUUGUUCUUCAAUGCUGGAUGCUGGGGAUUCUGUCACUGCAGUCAGUAUCAGCCACGUGCUUGCUCUUGAUGAAAGCUACAUCAUUGCAGUAGGGUUAGAGUGUGGGAAGAUUAACUUGUACACAUGGAAGCAGAGUGAGCAGAGACCAGUGUUGACUGAUUGGACCAAAUGUGUCGAGACUGACAACAGCCAAAGUCACACUCUUGCUGUCAAACGGCUAUGCUGGAGAAAUCGGGUGGGCAGAGCUGGACAUAAUGACCAAGACAACAGUGAAUGGUUGCAGCUUGCAAGUUGUGGAGCUGAUCACUGUGUAAAGAUACUAAAUGUUAACAGGUGUGCUCUUUAGAUAAGGCAGCAGACCCAGCUGAGCCAAAUGAAUCUGUAUUUAGUUUGUUUAACCAUUUAAUUUUUAAACUCCAUUUUCUGUUGUGAAAACAGGAAUGUCUGACAAGUGUAUGAUCUAAUUUAUUAAAGUAUCUUGAAUAAUAGCA